GGGGGGGCAUGUGGGAGGGUCUUGGACGCCGCCCUGAAUUACCCGAACGUUAUCCAGGUGGGUGACAGUCUCCACCCAGCCGGACUGGUGCACCGCUAGAGAAACUGCUCAAGGCCACUGGGGCUGGUGGCCUUGAGGAUGCAUUUAAGAAACACGUGUUGAGCACCUACUGAGUCCCCGGGAAACACCGGGGAGCAAAGGCGGCACCUUGAGGCGAAGAUGGACACAAGUGACCGGGCAGUGGUGACUUAGUCCGAUUAAGGUGCCAUGAGGGCCCCGAGCCAUAAGGGAGCUCAGCCUGGGUGCCUCCGGGAAGGCUUCCUGGAGGAGGCGGUGUUGCAGCAAAGAUCCAGAGAGUGAGUAGGAGCGAGUAGAAAUGAGAUGGGGCGAGUGAGCCGGUUGGGAGUGACAUGGAGCGCAGAAAGGGCGCUGCUGGCGAAGACACAACGAGGACAAAGGCUAGGAGGACAGGUGGAGGGUGGUGAGAGAACAGUAGGUGUUUUCCCACCUGAGCUCGUUGGCCAGCAGGCAGCCCCGCAGCCGGCUUGUCUCCUCCCUCUGUUCACCCCCGGCCCCCUGGGGCGGCUGCCCUCAGAGCCGAUCGGGUGUCAGAGCUGAGCGCUUGGAGCUGCCGGUGUGACUGGUGGCCCGGCUGGGAGCAGGUAACUGGAGCCCGCCGUGGGCGCGGAGGCCGAGUGCUGGAGUCACUGGCGUUGCUGGAGGUAGGAGAGGAGGAAGUGAGGGAAGCUUGGGAUGGAGACCCCCCCUUAGGGCCUCAGCCUCUUGCCUUGGAGCCCUGGUGUGUGGGAGAAAGGAGAGGUGUGUGUGUAUGUCCUAGGUGUGCUGCUGAGCUACCCAGACACCCUGACACACACACACACACACACACACACACACACACACACUUCCCACUUCCCAGCCUUUGCACUCUCUAGGGCACUUACCUUCUUUUAACGGCUGCCGCCCUGCUCAGCCUCCUGCCUGGCCACUAGGUCCUGCUUUAUAUAUCAUCCCCUCUUCCAGAAAGCCACUCUCGUCCCCCAAGCCCAUGGCUUCCCUCCUGCCCUGGCAACCUGUGGACUCCCCUUGGCUAUCUUAUUACUCCUGCUCUAGGUUUGAUUGAGACAGAGGCAGAAGAGAAAGGGUGGGGUGGCCUGGGCUGAGGAGAAACGCCAGACGCUGGCCAUGAAGACCCUGCGGGCACGAUUUAAGAAGACAGAGCUGCGGCUCAGCCCCGCUGACCUUGGCUCCUGCCCGCCUUGUGGCCCCUGCCCCAUCCCGAAGCCGGCCGCCAGAGGCAGGCGCCAGAGCCAGGAGUGGGGCAAAAGUGACGAGCGACUGCUACAGGCGGUGGAGAACGACGACGCAGCACGGGUGGCCGCUCUCAUCACCCGCAAGGGGCUGGUGCCCACGAAGCUGGACCCCGAGGGCAAGUCCGCAUUCCACCUGGCUGCCAUGCGGGGAGCAGCCAGCUGCCUAGAGGUGAUGCUGGCACAGGGCUCCAACGUCAUGAGCACCGAUGGGGCAGGUUACAAUGCCCUCCACCUGGCGGCCAAGUAUGGGCACCCACAGUGCUUGGAGCAGCUGCUACAGGCGUCCUGCGUCGUGGAUAUCGUGGACAGCAGUGGAUGGACAGCCCUGCAUCAUGCAGCGGCUGGUGGUUGCAUUUCCUGCUCAGAAAUCCUUUGCUCUUUCAAGGCACAUCUGAGUCCCCGAGAUCGGUCAGGUACAACGCCCCUUAUCAUAGCCGCUCAGAUGUGUCACACAGAUCUGUGCCGCCUCCUCCUGCAGCAGGGGGCUGCCGCAAAUGACCAGGAUCUGCAGGGCAGGACAGCCCUGAUGCUGGCCUGUGAGGGGGCCAGCCCCGAAACAGUGGAGGUGCUGCUUCAGGGCGGGGCCCAGCCGGGCAUCACCGACGCCCUGGGCCAGGAUGCUGCCCACUACGGCGCCCUGGCGGGAGACAAACUCAUCCUGCACCUCCUGCAGGAGGCAGCUCAGCGCCCCUCACCACCCAGCGAGGAUGACUCGGGCGAGGCAUCAUCUCAGAACUCUGUGUGGAGCCACGAAAAGCAAGGGGCCCCCAAGAAGCGGAAAGCGCCUCAGCCCCCUGCCAGCAUCCCCAUGCCGGAUGAUCGCGAUGCCUACGAGGAGAUCGUGCGGCUGCGCCAGGAGAGGGGCCGCCUGCUGCAGAAGAUCCGGGGCCUGGAACAGCACCGGGAACGGAGGAAACAGGAGCUGCCAGAGACAGAGGCCAGCUCCCUACACAGCCUGGAGAGACAGGUACAAGAGCUGCAGCACCUGCUGGCGGAGAAGCAGGAAGAGAAGGAGAGCCUGGGACGCGAGGUGGAGAGUUUGCAGAGCAGGCUGUCCCUGCUGGAGAAUGAGCGGGAGAACACGAGCUAUGACGUGGCCACCCUGCAGGAUGAGGAAGGUGAAUUGUCUGACUUUCCAGGGGCCGAGGCUCUGCUCUCCAAACGGCUAAGCCCCUCGGCCCAGGAGCUCUUGGCCUCACUGCGGGAGCAAGUGGCUGCACUCACCAGACAAAACCAGGAGCUGAUGGAGAAGGUCCAGAUCCUGGAGAGCUUUGAGAAGGAUGAGAUGGAGGUAAACGGGUCAGCCGAGGUCAUCCCCCUGGCCCUCUAUGACUCUCUCCGGGCUGAGUUUGACCAGCUCCGCAGGCGGCACGCCGACGCCCUGCGGGCACUGGAGCGACAGGAAGCACAGCGCGGCCCUGGAGAAGAGGAGGCGGCCCCUGGGGAGGGCAAGGGCACGGGAGUCAAGACCACCAGGGACGGGCCAAUGGAAAUGGAGCUUAAUGGCACCACGGCUCUGGGAACCAAAGUUGACGGAGCCGAGGCCCCAGACGACGGGGCUGCAGGAGAUGAAACCGUGGAAGCGGCAUCCACGGGGGCCGAGGCCACGGAACCAAAACCCACAGACGCGGAGGCCACGGAACCAAAACCCACAGGCGCCGAGGCCACGGAAACAAGAUCCACGGGGGGCGAGGCUGCAGAAACAGAGGCUCCAGAAGAGGGAGGAAACCCAGAAGCCGAGGCCACAAAGCCAAAAGCCGAGGAAGCAGAGAUGAAGGCCAACGGAGUGGGUGAGGUGGAGGCGGAGCUUCCAGGCACAGAGACCACCCACGUGGAGGCCACAGCCCCGAGGGGCCCCCUGGGCGCCGUCCUGCACCCUGGUGCUGCGGAGGCCUCAGAACAGUUGCAAGCGGAGCUGGAGACCAGGAUCCGUGGCUUGGAGGAGGCACUCCGGCAACGGGAGCGGGAGGCAGCCGCCGAGCUGGAGGCGGCCCACGGCAAGCGCCAGGCCGCGGAGGCCGAGGCUGGCCGGCUCCGGGAGCGGAUGCGCGAGGCUGAGAGUGGCGGAGCCUCGGGAGGCGGCGGCGGCGGCGGCGGCGGCGGCGGGGACGCGAUCCAGCUGCGAGCCGCCCUGGAGCAGGCCCGCGAGGACCUCCGAGUCCGGGACUCCCGGCUCCGGGAGCUGGAGGCGACCUCGGCCCGGCUGGACGAGGCCCGCGCUGGCCGCCUGCUGGCCGAGGAGGAGGCCCGGGGCCUUCGGGCAGAGCUGGCCCGGCGGGAGGAGGUGCGGCUGGAGCAGAGCCGGGAGCUGCAGGUGCUCCGCGAGCAGCUGGCCACCGCCACGGCCGCCGGGGAACAGCAGCGGGCGGUGGCUGCCGAGCUGGGCCGCGCCCGGGAUGCGGCCGAGGCCCGGGCGGCCGAGCUGGCGGCGGCCUGCGAGGAGGCCCGGCGGGGCCUGGCGGAGCUGCGGGAGGCCUCCGAGGCCCUGCGUCAGUCGGCCGUGCCAGCCUCCGAGCACCACCGGCUGCAGGAGGAGGCCCUGGAGCUGCGGGGCCGGGCGGCCGGCCUGGAGCAGGAGGUGGUGGCCACCGGCAAGGAGGCCGCACGGCUGCGCGCCGAGCUGGAGCGGGAGCGCGCGGGGAGCGUGGCCCGCCUGGAGCACGAGCGCGUGGUGGGCGCCUUGCAGGCCGACGUGGCCCGGCUGGAGGGGCAGCUGGAGGAGCUGGCACGACGGCACGAGAAAACCAGCGCUGAGGUGUUCCAGGUCCAGAGGGAGGCGUUAUUCAUGAAGAGUGAGCGUCACGCGGCCGAGGCCCAGCUGGCCACAGCAGAGCAGCAGCUGCGGGGGCUCCGCACCGAGGCCGAGCGGGCACGCCAGGCCCAGAGCCGUGCCCAGGAGGCCCUGGAUAUGGCCAAGGAAAAGGACAAGAAGAUUACAGAGCUGUCCAAGGAAGUCUUCAGUCUCAAGGAGGCCCUGAAGGACCAGCCGGCCGCCCCAGGCCUCUCGGAGGUGGAGGCCCUCCGUGGCCAGGUUAAGACUCUACAGGAGCAGCGGGAGCAGGCUGCCAGGGAUCACAGCGCAGUGGUGGCCUUGUAUAGGAGCCACCUCCUGUAUGCCAUUCAGGGUCAGAUGGACGAAGAUGUGCAGCAGAUUCUGAGCCAGAUCCUACAGAUGCAGAGGCUUCAGGCUCAGGGCCGCUGAGCAUCAGAACACUGGCCUUCCGCCCGCCAGGCCCCGCGCAGGGGUGUCCGGGCUCCCACACUGGCCCCCCCUAGCUCGCAGACCAGCCUGGGCCUUCCCGACCGCCCCUGGCUGUGUCCACUGCCCCACUGGCCCCCCUGCACACACUGGCCAGUGUCAAGGCCAGCCCUGACCGUCCCCCGCCCCCACUGGAGAAUCUGUGGUCCCCUCUCCCGUGUCCUAUCUGUCCUGUUUGUCCCGUAGCCAGGCAGCACCCCGGACCCCAGAAAUAAACGCUCUUGGAGCCAAGGAUGAAAGUGUGUGGCCUGAUCGCUGCCCCCCUCAGGGAGGGGAGGGUGGCCACGAGCAGGGACGAGGAGGUGAGGUGCUCACCCCCCCACGCCAACCACAUGGUCCCCGGAAGGAAUGCUGUGUUCGUGGUGUCAAAGCUCAUGAUGAACAAACCACCUAGAUGUCAAGUGAAGACAGGAUCCGCGUCUGCCCGUCCUGUGUCACUUUCCUCACCCUGAAUCUGGCCUUGCUGGGGGCAUCCCACCCCCAGCCUCCCUGCCCCUGGCAAAUCCCCAGAAAUCCCCUGGGGUUUCUUGGAUCUUUCUAGCUAAGGCAGGGGAGGCAGGAGUGUGGCUUGUCCCGGGGGUUUCCUUGGGUGUCCAGGGAAGGCACCAUGUCUGUAGGGGCUCAGCCUGUCUCUUGGGGUCCCUGUGGCUCUGAUAAGGUCCGCAGGUGGGGGCUGCCUCCCCGGGGCCUGCAUUUCUGUCUCUCUGUGGCCUGGCGUGUGGAGCCCUGGCCAAGGUGGGUCCCCACCACUGCGGUCGGGCCUCUCUUCACCC